CAAAGUGAAUCAAGCGCCGAACAAAGCCAUUUCUGCGUCCUUCCCGAUUGGAUAAUUCUGCAGCUGAAAAGGCGACGAGGACGCCUAUUGAUGACAUAGAAACGUGCGACGAAGCAAGACUGAUUGCGUGAUGGCGCCGAUUAGGAAGAGGAGGGGGUCUCCGAGUUUCAAUAGAAAUGGAGGAAAGGAGAAGGCGCCGGCUGGUCUGAGUCGGAAGCAGCCCUGGAGAUUGGACACGCAUCGAUUGAGGGGAAGCCUCCAGGAGGGUCAAGGCUUUGCUAUUUGGAGAAAGCAAAAGAUUCAACGUGACUACAAAAAGUUACUGAAAAAGGAAAGAAAUGUGAAUUCUCAGAAGAUUGUUGGGUAUACUGAAGAUUAUCCAGAACACCUGAAGCAUCUUUAUUUAGCUGAAGAGGAAAUGCUUCAGAAACAGCAGAAACCUAAACAUAAACCAAUAGUACUUGAAAAGAAGGAUGCUAUAACUUCAGGGAGCAUUGUGAUUCAAAGAAAACAUAAAGCAAAAACUUCAAACCAGAAAGCAAAAGAGGAUUAUGAGAAAAUAAAGGCUGAACGAGACAAGAAAAAAGAGGCAGCCAAAAAAAGGAGAGAAGAAAGAGAGAAAGCUCAAAAGCUCUACAAACAGAAGAAAAUGGAAACAUACAAGAUGUUAAGUAAAAGGACUAAAAAAGGACAACCAAAUCUAAAUUUACAAAUGGAAUAUCUUCUUCAAAAAAUUGAGCAAAAAGCAUAACAUGUCAGAUUUCUUUAACUACAGACACAAAAAAGAUAAUGUGAAUUGGAUAAGGACUUUUUUAUACAAUGGCCUGCCCUUUCAAUUUUGCAAUUCAACUCUUACUAAUGUUUAUUAAGUUAUAGUGAAAAUAUUUUAGCAAAAUGAGAUCUGCUUGCAAGGACUUUUAAAAUUAAAACUUAACAGUGUGCAUAGUCUUACUAUAUUAAAAUGUUCUUUGUAUUUUUAAGAAAUUCAGCUAAACUUCCUGAAUGUAAAUGGCACAUUUCUACUGUGAAUUAAAACAGAUCCUAUUGCUUUAACACAA